GUACUCCGCGUGCACAGGUUGACGUUAUUCCGGAGUGCCUCAUCAUUAUAAGCGCCCAUAUAUAAACACCCCACCAACGUUAACCCCAUUCCAAGCUCGUUAGCUCGCUCAGACACUGGUUCUGAGUAGGUAAAAAUGGUUCUCGAGUUCGGCGAUUCCAACUCGGAGAAACCUCCUCUAACAACCACGAAAGGGGUUCCAACGUCACACUAUACGACUCGCCAAACGAGAGAUCAUCGGCUACAACGAGCAGUUCUGAAAUUAGUUAUAUGUCUCUGCCUUGCAACAUGGGUUGAUCACUUUGCCCUCCCCAUCCACCAAUUUCUCUUUAACGACUACCCUAGUAGUGCUUUGUUGGAUGACCCCGCAUCCGAUUUCGCAGACGACGACUUCCCUCUGCGUGCACAUGAACCCUGGGACAUAUCUGUGGACUUCCCCUACCCUCGCACACUGUCCUAUGAGGUAACAGAAGGUACAUGGUUGCGACUCGACGUGCACCCCGUGAGUGGGGAUAUCGUAUUUGACAUGGCAGGGGACGUAUAUUGCCUACCGGGUGACGCGUAUUUAGGAGCUGCUGGAAGAGUAGGAGGGAGAACAGAAGCGGUACCAGUCCUCACGGGUGUCCCACACGAUGCGGAUCCGCGGUUUUCACCUGCAGGCGAUAGGAUUGCAUUUAAAAGCGACGCUGGACUCGGUGCUGACAAUCUGUGGGUAAUGCCCUGGGCGCCGGACGGGUGCACGGCCAUGGACGUGCGUGCGCAUGUCAGCUCACCGCAUGACCGCGAGCUGAAGAUCCAUGAAGAGGAGCAACUCGCACGAGGUAUAAAGGAGACGGGUGAGAGGAAACUGAGGAGAUUGAUAAGGGAGGGAAGGGUGAAUGCGCAGCGCAUCACGAAUGAGACGUACAACUGGGUGUCUGACCCGCGCUGGCAUCCUUCAGGGGAUAAGGUCGUCGCAACAAAAUGGUAUUACUCUUCACGCUCCCUUGGAGCUGGCGAAGGAUGGGAAUUCCCUGUUCCCACUGUCCACGCCCAGUCACAGGUCGAGGCAGGCGCUGGAAAGCGUUUGGUGUCAAAGAAACUACCCAUGGGGUGGACAAAGGAGGACUACGUGGAGCAACAGAUCGGACACGAACAGUUCAUAUGGGCGGGCGAUGAUGCGCUUAUUUAUGCUGGUAAUGUGAGGGAUGUUGGCGGCAGUUACUCGUAUUCCAAAGAUGUCCAUCGGGGUAUUUACGCAAUCUUCCAGCGCAACUUGACGACGGGCGUGGAAAAGAUGCUCGUUGACGCCUUCCCUGGUGGUGCAAGCCGGCCUAUACUCUCGCGUGAUGGACGCACACUUGCAUUCGUGCGCCGCGUGAGGGAUAAGGAAGCACUCGUACUCAAGGAUCUCAAUACGGGCACUCUGCAUCAUAUCUGGUACGGGCUCACCUACGACCUCUCCACAAUCUACGCGCCAAUGGGUACAUACCCAUCCUUUGCAUUCACGCCCUCUUCGUCCUCGCCGGGUAUCAUCAUCUGGGCUGCUGGGCAGAUUUGGCAUGUCCCAUUGGCGUAUAACGCAGAUGGGGAACUUGUCGCCGCGGCCACAGCCACUAACAAAAUAGACCUUACGCCAAAGGUGAUCCCGUUUACAGCGCAGAUCUCGAAGAAGCUCGCGGAAACUCGGCGUAUGAAGACUGAUGUACGCAAGUUUGAAUCAGGCCCACAGCGCGUGCGUGCCUUCACCCAGCUCGCGUUGGACGAAUCUGGCGAGCAUGCAGUAUUUGCAGGCGCAGGCCAGACAUGGGUGCAGGUGCUUGGAGACUCCCUCAUCAAUCCGACUACCUUGGACCCCAUCGAUGAUGCCAACUUCGUUGAGACUUCGAAGCUUGCCCAGCGCAUUCCGCACCUACACUCCUCUGCAGGAUACUACUCACCUUCCAUCGUUCCUGCAUCUUCUUUCAUUUUGCACGCACGCUGGGAUAAUACACAUUUCUCAUCUCUUGAGCUGGCAGAUCUGGAAAGUAAGCAAGUAUGGGAGGUCGCUGGACUUCCUAAGGGGCGGUGGUUUGGUGCUGUCGUAAGCAGAUCUGCGGCAAACGGCGCGCGGACAGUUGUGCUAGUGAAGACGGGUGGAGAUGUGUUGACUGGUGACGUAGUGGCUACUGCGCAAACUGGAGUAUGGGUCGGGGAGAUCACGCUUCCGUCCCAUUCAUGCUCCCAAGGCACGGUCGAACUGACCAACUUGCGCUAUGUCCAAAGUAGUAUCGACCCUUCUGAUGUCGUCAAGCUGUCGUUCGUGGAUGGCAAGUCUAGUGAAGUCCUCGUUCAGCAAUCUGAUAGUGUACUUCGGGUCUCAUUGCACGACGGUGCUGAGGAGGUGGUUGCUCAGGGGAAGGGGACUGACGAGAUCGUUUUUUCACCGUCUGGAUCCGUGCUCUCGAUAUCUUCAAUACUAGCUGGACGCAGCCAAACAGCAGGGGGUGCGGCGUUUGUCAGCCUCUUUCACGUAUAUUAUGCAUCCCCUUCCUCAGUGGACCCUGAGAAGGCGAUGUGGGCCAAGCCUGGGAAGGCACCGAAAAACUUGGCGCGUCUGAGUGGAGACGGUGGACAUGAUGUCGUGUUUAGUGGUGACGGCAGUGUGAUUGGAUGGUUCCUUGGUCCAUACCUCCAUACUCUCCAGCUUUCCCGCCUGUCCGCAUGCGCGGGCGCAAUCGAGGCUGACACAUAUAACUUCGGAAUCGACUGUGUCCGAGGCUUGCUGCAUGUCACAGCAGUUGACGUUACUUAUACCCCUGAUGUGCAACGGUUGUCUAGGGAGGCACGCAAGUCAACAACGGAUGGCCUACAGAAAUCAAUUGCGGUGGAGAACAACGCUGAUGUGGUCAUCAUUCACAACGCGACUGUCUUGAGUAUGGAGAAUGGCGUGCUCGCGCAGGAUUUAAGGUCAGAUGCGAGCGUUGUGAUUCGGAGUGGAGUUGUGGAAGCAGUUGGCGGCCCUGGUGUUGGUGAGGGACUGUCGGGGGCAUUUGAAAUCAAUGCUGAGGGCGGGUACGUCGUCCCAGGUUUCAUCGACUCGCACGCACACUGGAGUGGCACAGAAGACAAGUACCCAGCAACGUCAUGGGAGAUGCAGACUUUCCUGGCGUACGGCGUGACCACACUACACAACCCAAGUCUACAUAACUCCCUCGGCUACGUCGAGCGCGGACGCAUCGAGUCCGGACUUAUGGCUGGCCCGCGGCUCUUCCAUACCGGCAAUGUCAUCUAUGGUGCAUCUGAAUACAGUAUCCAUCAGGACAUCGCAAGCAUGCGCGAGGCGCGUGAAGCACUUAUCAGGAUCAAAGCUGAGGGUGGAGAUGCGAGCUGGAGCUAUAAGAACUACAAUUUGCCGACGAGGGCUGCAAGACAACGGUUAUUAACAGCUGCACGUUCAGUGAGAAUGCUGUGUGUGCCCGAAGGUGGAAUGAACUAUGAUUGGGAUUUGACGUAUAUUAUAGAUGGGAUGACGACGAUCGAGCAUAAUAUCCCUGUGUCCGUGUUGUACGAUGAUAUCCUCACGCUCUAUACGAUGAGCGGGACUGGAUCUACUCCAACGCAUAUCGUCGAUUAUGGAGGCAUGUUCGGAGAGCAAUAUCUUUGGGCAACAGAGGAUAUUCCGAACGACCCGAAACUUCGCACGCACACACGACACGACAUCCUCGAAGGGGUCUCAGAGAGCACAAGCCGGCCGUUCGAUUCGAUGGCACUAUGGAAUGUUUCUGCAUCCGUUGCGAAUAUGGUACAUAGAGGGCUGCGCGCUCAUAUCGGGGCGCAUGGCGAGCCGCCUCUUGGACUCAUGUACCACCAGGAGAUGUUCUACGCCAAAGCGGGCGGGCUGAGCAACUAUGAGGUGAUUCGCGCAGCAACUGCUGAUGCCGCAAUUACUUUUGGUCUCUUUGACAGCCUCGGGUCCAUCUCGGGGGGUAAACUUGCAGACCUCGUUAUCUUCCCGCCUGGCUUUGACCUGUUGCAGGAUAAUAUCCGUCACACGCGGAAUAUUAGAUAUGUCGUCCGCGGUGGACGGAUAUGGGAUGCCGAGACCAUGGAGGAGGUUUGGCCCGUCAAGAGGAAGCAGGUGCUUCCGCCGUUCAAUGCGGAGUAAGAACAGAAUACGAAUUUGUAGCAGAACUUGUAGAUGUAUAGUGAGAUUCACAUUGGUCAUGUUUACCGAGGCCCGAGUCCUAGGUCAAAUGAGCCAAUAUCAAAUAUCAAUUCGACCUCACAA